AUGUUCAUCCUCUUGCUCUCCCACUCCAGUCCCACGCACCCGCCCACCACGCACACUCGCAAUCGCUCUCGCUCUCUCGCAGGUCGCAGCUCCACUCCACUCCACGCCGGCAGCUCCUGCGUGCGACCGGCGGCUCCACCGCUCCACCAAGAUGGUUGGUUCCGCUUCCGCGGCUGCGCUGGCGCUGUCAAGCCCGCAGGCCGCAACGGGAGAAGGCGAGCAGAACUCCACCUCGAGGCCGGCGGUCAAGUCACCGACGCCGCCGCUGCAGAUCCAGACCGGGAACGCUGUGUCCUCACCGGAAAUGCCAAUUUCGUCUCGCGUGGGGCUUUUGAACUCAAAUUGGACGCCGCCGCUGCCGUCGCUGCAAAAGGUAAAGCAGUGGUUGGACAGGGCCGCCGUCCACUGCAGGCACGCAUAAACAGCAAACGAAGCCGUCUCGCCAUUGAAGGAGCACCUGCACCGAAGACUCCUCCUUCCUCCAUCCUUCAGAAGUUUAAAUCAAUGGGAAACUCCUACUUUGACAUGGCCCUGCUGUCUGCUGAGAUGACCUCCAACUCCAAGCCUUCCACAACACUCCAGAUUAGCACUUCUGGAGGAGUUGUGUAUUUUGAGCUACUAAAUUUGAUGGAUGGUAGUUGA